AAUAUAUAAAUGCAGGAAGUAAAAUGUAAAUAUAAAUGUGCAAAUUAUAAAAGUUCCUAAUUCUGAAUAUGUAGGUGAAAAUGUUUGCUAGAUGUAUUCUCAGCGCUAAAAGUUCAUCUUUUCAGUUUGAUGAUAGAGUUCUAAUUCUUAAUACUCCAAUCAAGAUUGGUAGAACUCACAAGGAUGAGAAAGGAGAAACAGAUAAUGGUUACUUCGAUAGCAAGGUUCUUUCCAGGGGACAUGCAGUCAUAAGUUAUGAGAACUCUAGGUUUUAUAUCCAAGAUCUAGGAAGCAGCAAUGGUACUUUUAUCAACAAUAUCAGAUUGAAUCGAAGUGGAGAAGAAAGUAAACAAACCGAGAUCUAUUCCGGAGAUAUAUUAAGGUUUGGAUCUGAUGUUGUGGAUAAAUCUAAGAACGUGACUCAGAAGGCAAUUGUAUCUAGGAUAAAACUAAUCCAUGAGGAUGGAGCAGAAUCCAGCUCCAGGCCUACGCACUCUAAACUUUACAGGCCUACUGAGAGUUAUGACGAGGUUACCCUGGCAAACCAGAAUAUUCAGGAUUCUGUGAGAAGAGAGAAACUUCUAGAAGAUCGUCUACUCAAGGUUCGUGGAAUGAUAUCCAAGCAUAUCGGUAGAUCUCAGACAGAUAUGAUCAGGAUAUUUGAAGAUAUGAAAGAGGAGUUGAUGCGUCCCUACGAGGUUUCACAGAUAGAUUUGGAGAUAGAGAAUACUGCAUUAAACAGGGCUGAUAGGGAGAGUAGUUCUGAAAUGAUUCGUAUCCUCGGAGAAAACAAAGAACUAGGGGAUAGGCUGAGUGAUAUUGAGAGUAAAUUGGAGGAUAGGGAACGGUUUUGUAACUCUGUUCAGAGAAAACAAGGAGAAGAUGCUCUAGAGAUAGCUAAACUAAGGCAGUUGAUAGAUUUACAGAACCAGGAUAUAGCAGACCUGGAGCAAGCUCUGAAAGAAACCCAGAGUACAAAGGAUCAGGAUCAGGUUGUGAAUUCUCUAAAGAGUUUUUAUGAAACCCAGUUGUCUGAACAAAAUAUGAAAUCUGAAGAAGAGAAGAAAGAGAUGAAGAUUUUCUAUGAAACUAAAAUGAGAGAAUUUGAGGACUCCUUUCUUGAAGAACGGACAAAAAUCCGCCAACAGAUAAAGGAAGUAUCAGAGAAUGAGAUAAACUUACUGGAACGGAUUAAAGGAUUAGAGUCGGAGAAAGGUUACGCAAGAGCUGAAGUGGAUAGGAUAGUUGUGAAGGACGCGGAUAAUUUUGCGUACAAACAGGAACUAGAAUACAUUCCUUCGGAACCCCCCUCCGCCUUCUAUACUGCUUCGUUUAUACUCCUUCCCUUUACAGUUACACCCCCUCCCUCUUGUUUGUACGCGAUAAACUCCCGGCCCCGAUUAUAGAAAGAAAAAAAUGAAAUUUAUACAUUUUUGAUAAGAAUUUUAAAUCCUAAUCCUUUACCAGAAUUCAUACAGCUCAUGCUAAUCAGACCACAAAAAGCAUAAAAUAUCUAUUUAUGUCAAAGCAUAGUUAAUUCCCCCCCCUUCCUGAUUUCCCUAUUCCUGCUCCCUGCUCUCCUAUUCCCUCAUCACUCUUCUAUCCCCCUUUCCUGCUCCCCAUAUUCCCACUCCCUGCUCCCCUAUUCCCUCAUCACUUUUCUAUCCCCUUUUCCUGCUCCCCAUAUUCCCACUCCCUGAUCCCCUAUUCCCUCAUCACUCUUCUAUCCCCCUUUCCUGCUUCCCCUACUCCCACUCCCUGCUCUCCUACUCCCUCAUCACUCUUCUAUCCCUCUUUCCUUCUCCCCAUAUUCCCACUCCCUGGUCUCCUAUUCCCUCAUCACUCUUCUAUCCCCCUUUCCUUCUCCCCAUAUUCCCACUCCCUUCUCUCCUAUUCCCUCAUCACUCUUCUAUCCCCCUUUCCUUCUCCCCAUAUUCCCACUCCCUGCUCUCCUAUUCCCUCAUCACUCUUCUAUCCCCCUUUCCUUCUCCCCAUAUUCCCACUCCCUGCUCCCCUAUUCCCUAAUGACUCUUCUAUCCCCCUCUCCUUCUCCCCAUAUUCCCACUCCCUGCUCCCCUAUUCCCUAAUGACUCUUCUAUACCCCUUCCCGCUCCCACUAUUUGCUCUCUACUCCCCAUAUCCUUCUCCCUGCUUCCCUUAUAACAUCCCACCAUUGAGAUUCUUCCCUCCCUGUCCUCUAUCUCCCCCCCCCCCAGGAACAACUAUACGUUAUGUAGGAUGGUGAGCUAUUGAUAUUAAUUAGUUGAGUGGGAACUAUAGUCUCAUUUAACAAUCGGACUUUAUCCUUCAUCGGUUUUAUUUAAAGGAACACGCCGCGAAUUUGUCACGGUGAAGUGCCACAAUAUCAAUCGUUUAUUGUUAAGAAUUAUUGAUUAUUAUGAUCAAUGUUUCUAAAAUUUGUAUCAUAAUAAGGGAUUUAAUAAUUUCUAACUUUCCCUUUAAAUUGCUAAUUACGAGAAAAAAUUGAUAAAACCUU